UAAUUUCAAUGCUAUUGAUUUACUUAGAAAAUCAUACCGGUCUUCUUGGGGUGGUAGUGAAGCUGCAGGUCGUUUAAAGUGAUCCCUAAUAGAAGUUAAUACUUCGUUCGUUAGUUUUUCUGGCUCGUUGUUUUUUUUUACCGGGUCUUGAUGAUCUUGGUCGUUUCGCCGCUGACUCUUGCUGCUGUUCUUGGGAUGAUGAGUUUUGUGCUAUAUUUAUAUUUUCUGGAGUUACUGUAUCCGAAGUUUCAUUGGCAUCCCUGGUAUCAGCAAUUUCUUAAAACAAUAAUUUUUGUUAUAGUUUCCUAAGUCAUCUGAAAAAUGGAGAAAUAUAGCGCAACAAUUUGAAGAAAGGUGGAAUUUUCCUCAUUGCUUAGGUGCGAUCGAUGGUAAGCACAUUGACAUAGUUCCACCUGCUGACAGCGGAUCGUAUUACUAUAAUUACAAAAAACGACACAGUAUGGUGCUUAUGGCAAUAGUAGAAACUAAUUACGAAUUUCUGCUGGUUGAUUUUGGGACAAAUGGCAGAAUUUCUGAUGGAGGUGUUUUACAGAAUACCAAGUUUUUUGAAAUGCUCCAAGAUAACAAAAUGGAACUUCCAGACGCUGAAGUUGUCAAAAACAGCUCAACAAGUCUCCCAUAUGUAUUUGUUGCUGAUGGCGCAUUCUCUUUAAGAGUUGAUAUGAUAAAACCGUUUCGACAAGCUGACUUGCAUUCACGCGAAAGAAAGAUAUUUAAUUAUAGAUUGUCUCGCGCUAGACAUAUUGUUGAGAAUGCUUUUGGUAUUUUAGCAUCUAGGUUUCGAAUAUACCAUACUGUAAUAAAUCUAGAGCCAAAGAAUAUAGAAAAAAUAGUGAUGGCAACAUGCGUACUGCAUAAUUAUUUAAUGAAACACGUAGGAAGUUCUUGUGCGCCCCGGGAAUGUUUUUAUGAAGAAAAUGCUACAAAUGGUACCGUUAUCACGGAAGGCUAUAAUACUACCCGUUCGACUAUGGUUAACUUACAGCGAAGGCAAGGAAACAUUUUAAACUAUGCAAAACAGGUGCUAGAGAAAUUUACUAAUUACUUCGUAAAUGAAGGCAGCGUAUCGUGGCAAGAUAACUUCGUUGCGGCUUAAGUUUAUUGUAUGUAUUCAGUUUGAUUAGGUAUAUCUAAUAAAAAUAAUGGCAUUG